AUGUACGCCUUCCAGAGUGUCUCCGUCCUUUUCAGCUUUGUCGUUCAGUCAACAUUCGCACUUGUUGGAGAUGUGCCCGUCAUCAACGGACCUAUACCCCUCGUUGGCGGCGACCACGACGUCUCCAGCUACCUGAAGUCCCGACCAAACGAGUUCGUCCAUCCGGGUCUCUGGCAUUCCCAUGAAGAUCUCGAGCGCAUGCGGUCCAAUGUCGAAGGUGGUAGCGAUCCGUGGGCAUCGUAUUACGCUCGCUUCAAACAUGACAAGUACUCUUUCGCGAACUACACCAUGCAAGGGCCGCAUGCAGUGCUCUCUCGUGGCGGCAUCAGCAACUAUUCCAGCUUCACCGAAGACGUACGUGCGGCCUACCAAAAUGCUCUCAUGUGGUACAUCACCCGGGAGCAGGUCCACUGGGAGCGGAGUACAACCAUCCUUGACGCCUGGGGCUCGAACUUGACCAGUAUCAUUGGGACGGACCGCUCGCUCAUGAUAGGUCUCGAGGGAGACAUGUUCGCCAACGCCGCAGAGAUCAUGUGCUGGGAAGGCAACUGGACAGAAGCGGGAGCUCAGUGGCAGGGCGGCUUGGGAUUUUCCCUCUUCGCUGGGCAGUCCACCAAUAUUGGGCAGGCCAAUUACGGGCUUAUCAGCAUCAAAGCGCUCUUGUCAUUCGCUGUGUAUCUGGAUGAUGUCAAGAUGUGGAAUUACGCCAUCAACGCCUUGGUGAACGACCCAUGCGCCGGCAUACCAGCGCUGUUUCAUCCGGAGACCGGCCAGUCCGUUGAGUCGGGAAGGGACCAGGGUCACGUACAAGGCAGCCUGGGGUGGACAGCCUAUGCCGCCAAAGUGGCUCAAUCUCGGGGUGUCGACAUGUUCGGCCUCGACGACCAACUCCUGCUCAAGGGCGCCGAGUACACAGCCAAGUACAAUCUCAAUCAGAGCGUGCCGUACGACCCUUCGUGGUUCCGCUGCGAAGCUGUCCUGGUUGAUGGACCGUGGUCGCAAAUUGCCAUUUACGGCAGGGAGAUCACUUCCAACUACCCCAUCUGGAAUUUGUACUACUACGAAUACGUGGUCAAGCGGGGGCUCAAAGCGCCAUGGACUCAGAAGGCGAAGCAGGUGGAAGGAUUGGAAGGUCCAUACACUGGCGGAGCGGUAAGAGACGAGCAUCCCUCUUGGGGUGGGUUGAUUUGGGCGCUGGAAAGCUGA